AUGGAUACUCUGCUGCCUGAAGACGUGCUCGUGGAAGUCCUACGCCGCCUCUCGCCGCGCAGCCUCGCCGCGUUACGCUGCGUCUGCAAGGGCCUACGAGCCAUCAUCGACGACCGCCGUCUCCUGCGCGCGGACCUCCUCCCGCACUCUCUCGGCGGGAUCUUCAUCAACUUCAACGCUCUCAAAGUCUCAGAAUUCUUCUACCCCUUGGUUGGUCCAGCUACAAUCUCCGGCAACCUCACGUCAUGCGUCGACGACCACUGCAACGGCCUCGUCUUGCUCGACGACGGCUGCGUGGUGAACCCCGCCACGCGACAGUGGGCGCGCCUGCCCCUGCUGCCCACACUACGCGCAAACCAAAUGAGGGCCUUCUACAAAGCCGGGGUCAAGUAUCUCGUCUUCGACCCGAGCGUCGCGCCUCACUACGAGGUUUUCUUGAUCCCCCAUAUCCCCCACAAGACCGAGUUAGGCCCAGUAUCGGAGCAAUCGCAAUGGCCAACGUCUACAUUCAUCUUGUAUGUCUAUUCGUCAAGAACGGGUCAUUGGGAGGAGAGGCCGUUUACCCGAGAAGGGGGCGAUUCCGCUGGCACCGUUGCUCAUCAUAUGCUACAUGCUACACACGGAGAGAAGCACUAUGGUGUCUACCUGCGCGGAGCACUCUAUGUCCAUUGCCAGAACCAUUUCUUCUACAAGAUAUCACCGUCGACUGGUAAGUACCGAGUGAUCAGGCCGCCCGUAGGCAUCGGGAACAGCCGCAAGCGUCCAGAGCUUCAUCUGGGGAAAUCGGAGAACGAGGUGCGUUGUGCGUCGGUAGAUUGGCCCUACAAGCUUCGGGUUUGGGCCCUCGAUGAAUCUGCGGGUGGACGACAUGAGUGGGCGUUGAAGCAUUGUGUUGACCUUAGUCAUGUGAUGCAGCGACAUGACCAUCUUCAACAAGUUGAUGACCCCUGGUUCUUAGAAGAUGCUAAUUAUAAUGACUGUUCUAGUGGAGACUACGAUGAUGAAGCACCGGAGGAGGAGGAAAACCGGUGGAGCUCUGUCUAUGUUACCUUCCUUGGAUUCCAUCCCUUCAAAGAUGUUGUCUUCUUGAGCGACACGUUGACAGGAGGGAUGGCCUAUCAUUUCGAUAGCUCGAGAGUUCAAUACUUAGGCAAAGUAUACCCAAGGGGCUAUCGUGAGGGCUAUGACGAUUACAUGGGCAUCGAGGCGUUUAUCGAAGCGUCUUUUCCUUUCACGCCUUGCUGGAUGGGAGAAUUAUCCGAGAAACGAUUGAUUUAG